AUGAAAACCUCUGAUAAACUUCUUGUUUUGAUAUCUUGUAUUUUCAUUCUUGCUAGCCUUCCAUAAUAUUAAUGUUGCCCCUAUAGCGAAUAUGAGGAAGCUUUAAUUCCUAUUGAGUCACCUAUUGAUUUUAACUACUUUGAUUCUUUUGUUACUUUGGAUGCCGGUUAAACAUUUGGUUUUGGUUAUUGGAGCCUUUGUGUUCCCUAAUAAACUUUUAAGAAUAUUCCUUAAGUGGAAUAAGAAUACAUAGCAGCCAAUGCUGAAUUUGGACAAUUAUUAUUUUUAGUAUAGGGAAGUUCUGAGAAUUCAGUGAUAGGAUUCCUAAGAAUAGAUUAGAAUACUUUGCGAGUUUACAAUACUAUAAUGAUUUUAGGAAGUGACUUUUAAGUUAUAUAAUUUGAGUAUUAAACAAUGAAUUAUGAAGGCAGAUGGAUUCUGAGCUUCAUAACCUUUGAAUUCAGUUCUGGAAACAUCAUUAUUCAAAUGACUGAUCAAGUCACAUAAAUUGGGACAAUGAAUGUAGGAUCUGACUUUAUUUCAAUAUUUUAAGGAGGAAGUGGAAAUAUCAUGGGUCUUAAUCUUAGCAUUUUCAAAGGGAGAUUGUCAAAAGUUUUUGUUAGCAAGGAAGAAUAUGUUGGUUAGGAUUUAUUUUAAUAUAUGAAUGAUAAUUGUUAAGUUCCUCUUCCUAUGUAAGAGGAGCAAGUAACCUACUUUGUAAAAGGCUUGUAAAUCUUUGAAGGGGAUACCUCUCUCUAGUUUACGAUAAAUUAGUUUGGAAGUAAGUUCUGUUUAUCUGGAUGGGUGAAAUAUGAUGCAUCAAAGGUUGUUGAUUUAUCUAAAUACCCAUUGAUUAGAAUAAGUCUUUUUAAAAAUUAUUUUGACAGAUAAAGCAUCGGAGAUGAGAUAUUCUUAUUGUAAGUGUGGUUUUAGAAGUUACUACCUAGAUUUACAUAGGUUGUCGUCAAUGUAGACAAUCAUCAAAUACCAAUAAUGGGGCUAAUUGAUUAUAAUAUUUUAGCUGUAGUGUAAGACCUUUUGUUUGAUGUCUGGUCAGAAUAUUAUUUUGCAGGAUUACAAUAGUGGCAUUUUAUGAAAUAUGAAUAUGGUUCUAAAAUACCUGGAAGAAGGAGUGUGUUUUAGAUUCAAUUCUAUAAUGAGCUUGGUUUACAGGAGACUUCUCAUGACAUUUCUGUGCCAACAAAUUCUCCUUAUUAUGUUUAUAUAGGAUCAGAUGAAUUUAUCAAUGAAUUAUUAUAAGCAUCGCUCUUCGAUUUUAAAUUCGAAUACAAUUAUGUUGAUGAUAAACAGCUACUUUUCAAUGCCUGUCAUUAUUCUUGCUCAAUAUGUGAUGGACCACUCGAAAAUAAUUGUAUAAGUUGUGAGGCUGAUUCUAAGAGAUUCUAUUUGAAUGAAUAGAAAAAGUGUUAAUGUCUACAUGGUUACAUUGAUAUUCCAAAUUAAAAAGUGUGUUAAUCAUUUGAAUAUCAAUUUUCAUCAGUUGUCUAAUAAGAAGUGUUAAAUCUUGGAGUUUCAUAAUGUUAAUUUGGAUAUUUUAUCUAUCCUAAUGAAAAUGGUUCGAAUGAUUGCAUAAAAUGCCCACAAUCUAAUUACUAGGACGUUUUAUGUGUUGAUUGUGUGUAUUACCCUUUGACUUGGUAUUUAAAACCUAUUUGUAAAUUUGACUUAAUCUCUGAUAAAGUCACUGGAGAUGAUGCUUUCAAAUAUCAAAAAAGAGAUUAAUUGGAUCAGGAUUUUUAUUUGAUUAAUCAAAAUAAAGAGUUAUCUCUUUAUCCAGGUUACUUGGACUUUUGUGAAUUAGAAUAGGACCCUAUCAAUUGUUUUUAAGCAAAAAGUUAACACUUAGGAUAAACUAUUGAUGUUAAAUGUAAGCCUAAUUACUAUUAAACUAAUGGAGACUGUACAUUCAGUAAUGUUAAUUGUUUACAAGUAUCUCUCAAUGGAAGUUGUCUUCAAGUCAAAGAUGGGAUGUAUCUACAUAAUGGAUAUUACUAUUAGUGUCCUUAAAAUUGUUUGACAUGUAGUUAUAAUGGUGGAGAUAACACUUCAUAAUGUCUAUCUUGCAUUGAUCAAUACACAUUAGAUGAUGGUAGUUGUCUUCCUUGUGGUAAUUUUUGCGGAUUUUGCUAGAAAUACUAUGAUGUCAAUAUUAAUAGCUAUUAUUUAAAAUGUUAUAGGUGUUUAGAUGAUUCAAAAUAUUAUCUAACAUUUGAUGGAAUAAGUUGCUAAGUGAAUACUAUACAUCACUGUGACUAUGCAUUCUAGGCAUUAUAAUCUAACUAUCAGGUUAAUACACUUGACCUCUAUUUUACACCUAGAGAUGAUUGGGAUAAUAUUAUUACUACUUGCGGAAGAUGCGAAAAUGGUUAUGGAAUUAUAAUAAAUUCUCAGAUAUGUCUUAGUAUGAGAGAAGUGACAUGUAAUUUUUCGUACGUUGAUCAUAUUUGCGACGUUGUCAUAGAUGAUGCAAUCUAAGAAGCUUUGUACUAUGCUGAGUACUAUACAACUCCCAGUGGUGAAUAGAUAACUAUGGGUUUUGAUGAUAGUUACAACAUUAUCUGUACAACAAUACAAUAUUGUUUGAUUAAUCAAGUUUAAUACGAUUAUCCGACAGCAGAUAUAAUUUAAUUUAGUCAGCAAUGUCCUUAAUAUAUCGAAAAUUGUGCUACUUGUUUAAAGGAGAAGGUAUAAUGGUGGGCUAUUGUUCACAUUUGUUUAGAAUGUAAGAGUGGAUACUAUGCUGAAAGAAUAUCAGGUAAAUGUUAUUCGUGUCCACCUGAAUUAAAUUGUUAUAAUUGUGCUCAAUAGUAAAGAUUUUCAAAAGAUUACUGGAAGAUCAAAAUCAGAGCUUUCUAUUAAAAGUUUAUUAAUUAUGACAAUAAUCAUCCCUUUAAACUCAAUUCUCAAAGUGAAGACAAGAAUGAUUAUGAAGUAAUUUGUACUAUGUGCAUUAAUGGUUAUUAACUGGUGAAUUAAAAGUGUAUCAAUGCAUGUCCUGACUCAUGUUUGGAGUGUAAAUACAUUAAUGGUGAGAACUAAUGUGUUAGAUGUGAAUUGGAAUAAAAAGGUAGGAGACUAAGUUUAUCUAAUAACUAAUGCAUAGCUUGUCCAUAAAAUUGUGCAUUAUGUAGAGUUCGAUCAUCCGAUGAAAUCUCAGCAAUUAACCCUCUGUUUAAUAAUAAUAACUACUAUACAUAUACUUAUCAGUGUCUAAAGAGCUUUGAAGAUUAAUAAUACUAUUAUGAUUAAGAAUUGGGAAGUUUUAUCUAGUGCACAAAUAGUAAUAAUUGUUAAAAGCAGAUUAAAAUACCGAUUAAUUUGUAUUGUUCUUAGUAAGAUUACACAUCAGCCUUGGAUUCAAUGUUGACAUCAUAUUAAAAAACGAAAUUUCAAUAAGAGAAUGUAUUUUUAGAAGAUCUAAUAUCUGGAAAUAGUUUUAAACAAUUUGAAACUGACGAUUUUUACUUAUCAGCCAAUUCAAUGUUAAUUAAGACAAUUAUUAUAAAUAUCGUUAGUGUCAAACCAUAAACAUGUAGAAUUCCAGGAAACGCCAUAGUUUAACAAGUUUUUAGUACUAAUAUAUUUUCAGCAAUAAACGUUGAACUGAAUAUCUAAUUAAAUUAUAACACUAUCAUUGAGUAUGAAAGAUCAAUCACAUUCUAUAAUUUUAAUAAAAUUACAAUCAAAGGUGGCCACUUCUAACCAAUUUAUAAUAACAAAUUAAAAUCAAUAAUAUUUUAAAGUAAAAUACCGUAAACGAUACUCCUUGACACCAUUGAAUAUCAACAAUUAAAUUAAGAAAAUGAUUAAUCUAGAAUUCUAUUUCAUGAUAUCAAGAAGUUAACCCUAAUCAAUUUCAAAGUAUUGGAUCUUAUGCAAACAAAAAAUGCCCAAUUCAUCUACAUUGCAGAAACUCCUUUUGUCAAAUCAAUAAAGCUACAAUCUUUUUAGAUUCUUAAUUCUAUCCUUCUAAAUUAAAUCACUUUCUUUUUUAAUCUUAACAAAAAUGAUAUUAUUGAAAUCGAAGAUUUGUAAGUGAAUGCAAAAUUCACAAAUUCAACAUUAAUAGAUACAAGCUUAUAAAUAUAAUCUGGAUCUCUUGUAAUACAAAAUUUCAACCUAUAAAUAGAUAUACAUGAUUGUAAUGCUUUUUUAAAUUUUUAUCUACUAAAAGAAGUCACACUAGAAGGAAUCUAGUUAAAAAAUUCCUUGAUUUAGUAGUCUACUCUGAUAAUUCUAAAUAAUAAUAAUAGAAUAGAUAAUCUUGUCAUUAAAGAUUGUAACUUUAAAGAACAUAGUUUCGGAGUUGUAAAUUCUGAGAUGCUUCAAUUAAGUAAUUUAGAAAUCUAGUUAUCAAAUAUUGUCAUAGAACAUAAUGAAUAUGAUCAAACAACUAAAUUGCUAUCAUUUAAUAAAUACAACUAUGAAAAUUCAAGAAUUUAAAUUAAGACGAUCAUGAUAUCAAAAAAUUAUGUGCAUUCCAUUAGCGAGGAUUUUACAUUAAACACCUAUAGCUCCUGUUUUAUCUAUAUCUCUUUUCAUGAUAUAUAAAUCUCAGAGAUGGAUAUAAUACGAGGAAUUGGAUUAAUAGAUAUCAGUAUUGUUGAGGCUAGUUCAUUAAGAAUAACCUCUAGCAGAAUUACUUAAAAUGACGAUUAUAAAUUUCUGGGGCUUCAUCAAUAUCUUGAUUGCUAGUUACAAUAGGUGAUGGGUGAAUAUUAUUUGCAAUCUCUUUUUGUCACUUCUGUUGUUAAUUUUGAGAUAGAUGAUUUGCAAAUUAAGUUUGCUUAAUCAUACAACUCUCCAAUUUUAUAUUAUAAGUCAUCUGACAAAGUGAAAUAAUAACAAUUUGAAAUAAUUCGCUUUUCUAAUCUAGUAGUAGAAUCAAAUUUAUUAUUAUUAUCAAACUCAAAAUAUUAAACUGCUAUCAUCUUUGUUGACUCAGUUUAAUAAACUACUAUAGAAUUAUCAAAUAUUACAUUUUUUGGAAACAUUUUGCAUGAAUACGUUUAGAAUAAUCUUUAAAUUUCUUCUUUGCUUUUAAAUUUAAAUUGUAUUUUAGGAGCCAUUACUAUCAAAAAUUCAAAUUUCCUCAAGAAUACUGUUUAUAAUGCAACUGACACCAUAAUUUAUAUUAAAAGUCAGAAAAUAGUUUUUGAAAAUUGCACAUUCUAUUAGAAUAGUUAUUUUAAUUAUUAAUUAAUCUAACCUUAUUUAUUAUGGGGAUUUUCAAAAUCAGAAAUAGUAUAUUCUGAAGAAAUAAACUAAAUAUUUCAAGUUAAAUCAACAUCUGGAGUAGCCUAAUUAUUGGUCGAAAGUUUGGAAGUACUAUUUUGUAAUUUUGAGUAAUCGGUAGGCUUCUUCGGAGGAGCUAUGCAAAUUGAAGCUUAAAAAAAUAGCAUUAUUUCUAUUUCACAAACAACAUUUAAGAAUAUCUCUACUCCAUUCUCCUAAGAUUUAGGGUUUGGAGGAGCUAUAUAUUUAGACAGUACUUCAGCUUAAUCUCUUCAAGUCUUUAUAAAUGAAAUAUCUGUUGAAAACAUAUUAGUUAAAGAAUAAGGAGGUUUCAUUUACAUUCAAUCAGAUUGUCCCUAAGUAAAUAUCGAAUUUUAGCACAUAAAUAUUCAUAAUGUUUUUUCUAAGCAAGGCUCAAUUUUAUAUGCAAUAUUCUCUUCUACUUCUUAAAUUUAACAAAUUGUAAAAAUUAAUUCACUUUUUGUCUAAAACACUGAGGAAGGAUUUAAAAGCUACUUAAAUAAAUAUACCCAACCUUCAAAAACAGAAGAAAUAACUAUUUUAAAUAAUAGAGCCUUAUUUUAUAUUAAUUCAGCAAGCAAUGUUGUUUUCUAAAAUAUCGAAAUUGAUAAUAUCUUCUUAGAGUCUGCACUACAAAUUAAUAAUGCUUUGGUCGUAUCAAUUCAGAAUUUUAAAAUAUCAAAUAGUAUCAUUAGCAAUGUACUUAUUAGAUUGCAACCUAACCAAUAUAUCUCAAAUACCAUUCAGAUGAAUGGUUUGAUAAUUUCAAACAUAAGUAUUGCAUUACAAUUAAAGAGCUAUAAUUGCUAGUAAUAAUCUGAUCAAGAUUAUACUUAAUUUUUUAAAUGUCUCUAAAAUGCUCAAAAUAAUAAAGCACCACUCAACUUGCUAUAACAUUAUGUUUACUCAGACCUUUCUUAUGGAGAUUGCAUAUAUAAUUAAACGCUUAAAUAGAAUUAGCACGCAAAUAAUUUGAUAAUCGAAAAUAUAUAGUCUGGAAUACUAGUCUUUUAAGAACUCACAGCAUUAUCUUAAUUUAAGUUGGAUAAUAUAUUAUUUACAUAAAUAAAUUGUACUUUUUGUUAAAAUGGGUUGAUUUACUUAUCUUUUUUGAAAGUUGAAGGUCUCUUAAUGAAAUAACACAUUUCUAAACUGAAAGUAUCAAAUUCUUCAUGUGGAUUUAAUGGUUGUUUGUUUAUAUCUAAAGAAAAUUCAAAUGUCCGUCGAUUACUUACAAAUCAAGAAAUGUACUUAUAAUCCAUGAAUUUUGAAAUUUAUGUUGAAAAUUAUAUUUGUUAAUUCAACAGAGCUUAGAAUGGAACUUGUUUAUUUGCAGAAAAUGUUAAAGUCUUAAUUGAAAAUUCUGUUUUUCAAUACAACAAUGCAUCUGGAACAGGAGGGGCAAUUGUAAUUAAAAUGAAUUAGGACGUCUUAAUAAAAAGUAGCUUAAUUUAGCACAAUUAAGCAUAAAUAGCAGGAGGGAUAUAUUUGGUUAAUUAAUAGGAUAUGGAUUAUUUUAAGCUUGGAACUGUUUUUGAUAAUAAUAGUGCUGAAUAAUUUGGAAACGAUAGGGUGUCAAUACCUUAAAAAUUAACUGUUACUUUUAAUGAUGAAAAUUCUCUAUUAUCAACAAUAAUUACUACAGAAACAUAAGAUUUAUUAGUUGAAUAAGUUUAAUUACAACAUAGCGAACUACUUCAAACUUCGUAUAUUUUGUUGCCAAGUGGUCAAAAGAUUUCUUCUUAUUAGGAAUUUUCUAAAGAAAAAAGAUCUUAUACUGAUUUAGAUUAUAAAUUUAGAGUAAUAGCUUUGAGCAAAGAUAAUAGUGUGAUGAAAAACCUGAAGAAUUCAUAUUGUGAAAUUGAUAGUAGGAGUUUGAAUACAUCAAAUUUGGUGGAUGACGAAAUAUUUAGUAAUAAUUUUACAAGUAUAAAUCAGAUAAAUUUUAAUGAUUUCACUAAAGAUUAUAAUUUAGAUGAUUUGAUAAUCUAUUUUGACAAUGCAUUACCUUCUGAGAUUGUUUUAUAAUUACAAUUUAGAUGCAAUUCAAUUGUAAUUCCUAUUUAUAAUGAAUAAUAUCCAUAUAAUUUGAUAAAUUCUCACAAGAAUUACAAAUUAAGGAUGAAUAUUAAGACUUUGAGUUGUUAAUAUGGAGAGAUAAAAAAUAGCACUGAUUUUUCUUGUAUUCCAUGUAAUAAUGACUAAGGCCUUUUUUCGUUAAACAUAAAUUCUGAAAAAUGUGAGUUGAAGGAUGAUAUUUCAACUAUAAGUGUCUAACCAGCUUUAUUAAAUUUAAAAUUUGGAUUUUGGAGACCUUAUUUUUAGAGCAAUAUUGUCAGUUAUUGUCUGAAUUUAGAAGAUAAUUGUUUAGGCGGUUGGGAAGAAGGUGACAGUUCUUGUUUUCUAGGACAUAUUGGAGCACUAUGUGAAUAAUGCGAUUUGUAUAACACAAGGGGAGAUGGUGAAUAUUCGAUUAGUUAGAAAUAUUCUUGUGGAUCAUGCUUAGAAAAAGAGAAGAAUGCGGUGAUUAUAACUUUCGUGAGUAUAUGGACCUUAGUUUCCAUAUUAGUUUCAGUGCAAAGUACUUUAAAAGCUAUAGAAGAAUUCGUUAGAAUAAUUAGUAUUAUGUUGCUAGGAUUAGCAGUUACUUAAAAUACAAAUUAGUCUGCGAUAUUAAUAAAAAUGUUGACGAAUUAUUUGUAGAUCAUUUCCUCAAUAGCUACAUUUUAAUUAAAAUUACCAAAUGGACUACAAAGUACAAUUAAUUCAGUUGGAUCUCCAAUUCAGACUAUGACGUAUUCAUUGGAUUGCUUUCUAUCUCAUGUUUUUACAUUUGAAAUUCAAUAUGCUAGAAUGGUUUGGUAAAUAAUUAUGCCAUUUCUUUAUAUUACAUUCUUUUUAUUUUGUUAUUUACUUGUUGUCAAAUUUAAAAAUAUACCCUUUAAUAGAAGUGUCAUUACAACUACACUCAUCUAUAUGUACAUCUAUUUAUAGCCAAGUUUAAUCGGAGGGUUUGUUCAACUGAUAUCCUACAGAGAAAUUUCAGGUUAAAAAUGGGUACAAUCAAAUGUUUCUUAGAGAUUUGAUACACCUUAUCACGUAAGAUGGAUGAUUGAACUUUGUUUGCCUAUGCUUUUGCUUCUAGCGAUUCUUAUCCCAAUCUAUUUCUUUUAUGGCCUUUACAGUAAUUCACACUAAUUAGAUGACAAGAAGGUUAGGUUAUAAUGGGGUUACCUUUAUAAUGAAUACACUAAAACAGCUUAUUUUUGGGAAGUGAUCAAAAUAUUACAGAAAGAACUAAUGAUCAUUUUUUUGACAUAUUAUGAUGACAGUGUCAUUAUUAAAGCGACCAUCAUUUCAUUAAUUAUAGGAGUGUAUUUAGAAUUAAGUCUGAAGUACAAACCUUAUAAUCUGAAUAAUCUAAAUAAAUUAGAUUACUAUUCAACAAAUGUCUGUUUAGCGUCAAUUGCUUUAGCUAUUGGUAUCUAUAUUUCAGAAUAAUCAAAUUCAAAAGAAAUACAAAUUCCUUAUGCUAUAGUGAUUUCUAUUUUGAAUCUACAUAUCACAUAUACAUUAAUAUCAAAGAUUUUAGUUGAAUAUUUGAGGGAGAAGAGCAGUAAUUUAGAUGAAAAGGUGGACAAAGUUAGGAAUAGUAUCAGAAAUACGCUACCUUGGUUAAAUAAAAUCCCAUUUAUGAGAAGAAUAUUAGCAGAUCGCAGUGACUAACGUAUUCGAGUCGCCAAAUUAUACUUUAAAUUAAAAUAAUUUCUAAUUCCUCAAGCAAAAGAAAUUAUAGCCUUUAAAAACUACUAGUGGUAAAUUGCUCUGGAGAGAAACAUGGAACAAAAUGUAGAUACCAUUCCUUUGAGUCUAAGAAGCCCAGCUCAAGCAAAAGAAAGAUAGUAAUUUAUAAGAAAAUCAAUUCGAGAUAACUCAAUACAAUAAUCAAGAAAUACUAUCACUGCGUUUGUAUUAGAAAAAAUGAAAUAGAGACGAGUUGAUUAGAUGGCAGAAAUCUUUGAAGUUAAGAGAUAAAAAUCCUCUAGAGUUACUCCUGCUCAAAGCGAAAAGUACAUUAAGGAUAACGAUGAAGAUUGA